CAAUUGGAAAUGAAGCUUCUGGUUUAGGUUACCUUUUUUAUCCAGGAUUUCAAUUUCCCCCAAAAUUACCAAACACCUUAUUGCAAAAAUCUCGAAUUCAGUCCCGCAUUUCCAAUUCAAAACCCUAGAACGGACUGGAACUCAGGGUGAAAUCGAAAUAUGACGACUAGAGGGAGCAGAUCGGAGAAAGUGAAGAGGAUAUUCCAGCAAUUCGACACGAACCGGGAUGGCGGUCUGAGCCGGGAUGAGAUGGCGGCUUUGGUGGUGGCCGUCAACCCUAGGGUUAAAUUCAGCGUCGAGCAAAUCAGUGCAAUACUCGACGAGGUUUUCCGUACUUACGGAGAUUUCAUCGACGGCGAGAAAGGCCUCACCUUUGACGGCCUACUCCGCACCUACGACGACGGGGCCGGUGACGUGGAUCGAGAUUUCGACGCCCUUGGCCUCGAGCUCAAACCAUUGGAGGACAAAAAUGGAAUUUCACAUGCCUCCGAAGAGGCGGCCUCUUCCUCAUCUGUUGUUGCAGACGAGCGUGUAAUGGAACCCCACAAGAAGCUGCGUACGGCCGCGUGGGCUGCUUCCCCGAACCAUGGCAUUGUGUUCGAUGAUACUUGGAAGCUUGUUGAUGACUUGGAGGUUUUAAUUAAAAGGUUGAAAACGAAACAGAUGAAAGAUGGGAAGAUCAAGAAUGACAACUCAGAUGUUUUCUCCGAUCCUGGUUGGUCUAGAGAGCUGGGCCCGUCGAGCGAGAUUUCAGACAAGAGAGUAAUUUGGGAUGAGUCGGGUCCCGAUUAUGCAGCUUUUGUGAAGGAGUUGGGUGUUUUGAGGUCUAGGGCAGAUAGGGCAAGAUCAAGACCCGAAGCUUUUGACGGGCAAAUGGCCAUCGGUCGUGUGUUGUAUGAGCAUUAUCUAUUUAAGGAGGGAUUGGUGAGUUUUAAGAGGGCUUGUGAACUGACUCCAUUUGAUGUGAAACCGCAUUUCAGGGCUGGGAAUUGUUUGUAUGUGCUCGGGAGGCAUAACGAGGCCAAAGCGGAGUUUCUGCUCGCGUUAGAGGCGGCAGAGGCAGGUGGGAAUCAAUGGGCGUAUUUAUUGCCUCAGAUUCAUGUGAAUCUCGGGAUUGCACUCGAAGGGGAAGGCAUGGUUCUCAGUGCUUGUGAGCAUUAUCGGGAGGCUGCUAUUUUGUGCCCCACUCAUUUUAGGGCACUGAAGCUUUUGGGCAGUGCUCUGUUUGGUGUCGGGGAGUAUAAGGCGGCUGUCAAGGCGUUAGAGGAGGCCAUAUUUAUGAAGAACGAUUAUGCGGAUGCCCAUUGUGAUUUGGCUUCUGCGUUGCAUGCUAUGGGCGAUGACGAGAAUGCAAUCAAGGAGUUUCAGAAGGCGAUUGAUCUAAAACCUGGCCAUGUGGAUGCUCUGUAUAAUUUGGGAGGGCUUUAUAUGGACAUGGGCAGGUACCAGAGGGCUUCGGAGAUGUAUACUAGGGUUUUGAGCGUGUGGCCGAACCAUUGGAGGGCGCAACUGAACAAGGCUGUCUCUUUGUUAGGAGCUGGAGAAACUGAGGAAGCUAAGAAGGCUUUGAAAGAAGCGUUGAAAAUGACAAACAGGGUCGAAUUGCACGAUGCUAUAUCACACUUGAAGCAGCUUCAAAAGAGAAAGUUGAGGGGGAACGGUAGUGGCAACGGCGAGGCGGCUUUCAUUACCGUAGAGCCCUCGAAAUUUAAGGUUGUGGGCCAGAAAACUACGCUGAGGCCGGAACUAGCUGUUGCUCUUGAUAUUAGAGCCUUUCAGAGGAUCACAAGAUUGAAUCGGUGCGAUGUUGAACUAAUAAAGAAAGAAAUGAGUGAAUCGGAUGUUCCAGUCUCCUAUUCAGGGAUUGGCGAACCCGAAAAGUCAAUACGCAAGGCUUCGCUCGAAGUUAUUAUUUGCAAGUUACUCAAUUUCUUGAAACCCGAAACCUUUGUAGGAUCUGUCAAAGCUAUAAACCAGAAAAUCCUCUCUGUGUUGGAUGAAUCUGAUUUUGGCCGAAUCGAUUUAGGCAUGUUUUUUGCUGUUCUUGCUCCGCUAUGUGGUGGUUCUUCAGACAGGCGAAAGCAGAUUGCGUACGAAUCACUUUUAUGGCGACCUGUCAAUGAAGGCAGCAUGCAGAUAAAGAAAUCCGAUGCUCAGAAAUACAUCAAACUGUUGAGGGCGAUCUACAUUCCUUCACACGGGAUUAGUGAGAUGCUCGAAAUUCAUGGAGAAACAGAUGACUCUUUGGUUUCUGUAACAGAAUUUGUUGCCAUGUUUGAUGAUCAAGAAUGGGGGUUUGGUAUAAUUUCGACUCUAUUGAAGCUCGAAAAUGGGGAUAGGACUCGCCAUGGCAGACAUAUUUGUGCUACUUGCCGAUAUCCAAUCAUUGGGUCCCGCUUCAAAGAGAUGAAAUCGCACUUGAGCUUGUGCAGUCAGUGUUACUCUGAAGGAAAAGUGCCUGCUUCUUGCAAGCUGGACGAGUACAGAUUUAAAGAAUACGCAAACGAGACAGAAGCCGUGAAAGAUAAAUGCCUGUGGUUUGGUUCUAAAGGCUCAUCUGCCGGUGGCUCCUAGCUUGUCAUGUUCAAAAUCGUAAUUAUAUGGAAAUUGAAAUUUAGUCGUUCGGUGUGAAUUAUUACUUAUAUUAUAACUCGUGUGGAGUGUUUUUUUUUAGGAGGGGCUUUUGUGCAUUGUAGAAUAAACCCUUUUGGAAGUUUAUUUUGACCCGGGAUUCUUUUUUCCGUUUCUUGUUUUAUCAUUUCAGUGUAGAGGGGGUGUCCAUUGUUGUUGCAGUUGCUUUCUCUGACUUCUUGAUGAGGUAUUCAAAUCUCUUAUCUAUAAUCGGUGUAAAUCUGUAUUGAUGAUUCAUUAAGUU